AUGAACUUCGAUGAUGACGCGGCCAACAACGACAAUAUGAAGCACCACCAUGUCUUGGAGGUAUCCCUUGACAAGGGGAGUCUUCUGGUGCAGCAAAACGUCGAGGUGCAGGAGCUUGUGCACAAAAAUGUAGGUGCAGGAGGACGGGUGAUGCUGUACACCGGCCAGUGCAGUGCUCGCACAGCACCCCACACCCCUACAUGCGUGAGGUGGCUUGCUAGGCUGCGGCCCAACAACAUCAGAUCGUGCUCAGGCCCACCCCCACGUUCGUGGAGGCAGGCUGUCCUGCCGCCCUCCGUCAACGAGAUCGAGCGUGGGAUCCUGCACGUUCCGCGGCGACACCACGCGCACCUAAACAUCACAACGCCCCGCCCCGCGCUGCGCGGCGCCGCCCCACCCCCCAGUCCACGCUCCAGCCACCCGCCGCUCAUCCUCGGUUCCUCCGCCGCACCCACAAACGUGCUUCUCCGCGCGGCGCAAGACCUCCGCAUCGCGCUCCACAGGCUACAGUCGCGGCAAAGGAGAAGAAGGCCAUGGAAGGUCGCGUCGGCGCCGGGGAAGGUGCUCGUCGCGGGGGGCUACCUGGUGCUGGAGCGCCCCAACCCCGGCCUCGUCCUCAGCACCACCGCCCGCUUCUACGCCAUCGUCCGCCCCAUCCACGACGAGCUCAGCCCGGGCUCCUGGGCAUGGGGGUGGACGGAUGUGAAGGUGACCUCGCCUCAGCUUUCCCGGGAGGCCACCUACAAGCUGUCCCUCAAGCACUCGAUGCUCCAGUUGACCUCUGCAAGGGAGUCUGGAAACCCUUUCGUGGAGCAGGCCAUACAGUUCUCCAUCGCAGCUGCUAAAGCGAUUGUUACUGAUAAGGAGAAGAAGGACACGCUAGACAAGCUGCUGUUGCAAGGUUUGAACAUUACAAUUCUGGGCUCCAAUGAUUUCUAUUCGUAUAGAAAGCAGAUUGAAGCACGUGGUCUGCCUCUAUCUCCAGAGGUAUUGCUUUCAUUGCCUCCAUUUUGUUCAAUUACAUUUAACUCAGAAGUUGCUAAUGGAACUGGAGAAAUAUCCAAACCUGAAGUGGCAAAAACUGGACUUGGGUCAUCAGCUGCCAUGACUGCAUCAGUUGUCGCGGCUCUUCUUCACUAUCUUGGAGCUGUUAACCUUUCGUGUUUGGAUCAAUCUUCCAGUGAUAGUGCAACUGAACGAAAUCUUGACUUGGUGCAUGCUAUUGCUCAAAGUGCACAUUGUAUAGCACAAGGGAAGAUUGGCAGUGGUUUUGAUGUUAGUGCUGCUGUCUAUGGUAGUCAGCGUUAUACAAGGUUUUCUCCAGAAAUACUCUCCUCGGCUCAGGUUUCAGGAGGAUGUUGCUUGCCAGAAGUAGUAGCAGAUAUUGCUACUGGGAAGUGGGAUCAUGAGAAGACUCGAUUUUCUUUGCCUCCUCUGAUGUGCCUUCUUCUGGGCGAACCUGGAACUGGAGGAUCAUCUACUCCAUCAAUGGUUGGAUCUGUGAAGAAGUGGCAGAAGUCUGACCCUGAGAAAUCCAAAGAUACAUGGAGCAAGUUGGGAAUGGCCAACUCAGUGCUGGAGGAACAAUUGAGAAACUUGAACAAACUUGCCGAAGAUCAUUGGGCGGCCUAUGAAUCCGUAGUGCGGUCCUUUAGUCAUCUGACAUGGAUGAAGUGGACAGAGGUGGCUACUAAUCAGCAUGAAGAACUGAUUGUCAGAUCAUUAUUAGCUGCUAGAAAUGCUUUCCUCGAAAUAAGGCUUCAUAUGCGUGAGAUGGGUGUGGCAGCCGGUAUUCCAAUUGAGCCAGAGUCACAGACACAGCUUCUGGAUGCCACUAUGAAUAUGGAAGGUGUUCUACUAGCUGGUGUUCCUGGAGCUGGUGGUUUUGAUGCAGUUUUCUCAGUGACCUUGGGUGAAGCAAGUGGUGCUGUAGCAAAUGCUUGGAGCUCCGCUGGCGUCCUCCCACUUCUUGUUCGAGAAGACUCUCGGGGCGUUUCACUGGAAGCUGGUGAUCCAAGAACAAGGGAGGUGUCAACCGCUGUGUCAUCCAUACAGAUUAACUGAUAUAUUCUUGAUGAUAAAUUCAGUAAUCUUUUCCUACGAUGUACUAUCUUUGGUGCCUCAUUCAUUUAGGAGUAGCACUACCGGACAAAUUCAAAAAUUCGCUUGGUUAGAAUAAGUGCUCAGCACGGAGGAACAUAGCAUGAAGUACUUCUGAUAGGACAGUGCAAGAGUGUAUAAAUGGGAAGCUCUUGUUAUUGCCUGUAUUGCUCGUAGCCAUGGAA